AGCUGUCGCCGGAACCAUCAUGCCGUCCGAGGGUCGCUGCUGGGAGACCCUGCAGGCGCUCCGCAGUUCCCAUAAAGGUCGCCUGUGCUACAACCGCGACUGGCUGCUGCGGGGCGAGGAUGUUUUAGAAGAGUGUAUGUCUCUUCCCAAGCUAUCUUCUUAUUCUGGAUGGAUAGUAGAUCACGUCUUACCUCAUAAGCAAGCUGAAGAAAACUCGUCUUCCUCUGAGAAUUCACCAUCUUCUGACUCUACUUCAGCCCUAGACCAGGCUUUGCUUGUGCCCACAUCUCCCAUCAGAAGCUAUGCCAGCUCACCAGCAUCUCCUACGUCACCAAAUGGAGCUAAGGACAAACAUGAGCCCCAGCACCCAGAACCCAUGGCCCUGCAGUCCUCCCGAGGGGUCAGAGUGGAAGGGUGCAUCCGAAUGUAUGAAUUUUUGCAUAGAAUGAAAGGAACGGAGGGCUUGAGGCAGUGGCAGGAGGAACAAGAGAGGAAGGUCCGCUCCUUCUCAGAGAUGGCAUCUGAACAGCUGAAGCGGUUUGAUGAACGCAAAGAACUGAAGCAACAUAAAGAAUUCCAGGACUUGCGGGAAGUGAUGGAGAAGAGCACUAGGGAAGCUCUGGGCCACCAGGAGAAGCUGAAAGCUGAGCAUCGCCACAGAGCCAAGAUUCUCAACCUGAAGCUUCGGGAGGCAGAGCAACAACGCAUUAAACAGGCAGAGCUGGAGCGGCUGCAGAAGGAGGAAGGCCAGGUCCGACUUCGGAGCCUUUACACCCUGCAGGAGGAGGUGCUGCAGCUCAGCCAGCAACUGGAGGCCUCUGACCAGCAUGGGGACCUGCAAGGGGUUGGCCUGGCUGCCUUCCGCACCAGGGGCAACCAGCUAUGCAGCCUAAUCUCUGCGAUCAUUCGUGCUGCAUCAGAGAGUGGCUAUCCCACGGCAGAAAACCAGGCUGAGGCUGAACGAGCCGUGCAGGAAAUGCGGGAGCUUGUCACAAACUUGGGCCAGGAAAUCACCAGAGCCUGUGAAGACAAGAAACGGCAGGAUGAAGAGGAAGCUCAAGCCAAGCUGCAAGAAUCCCAGAUGCAACAGGGGUCUGGGACCCCCACGCCAACCCCAGUCCCCAGCCAGGACCCAGGAGGGACCCAAAAUGAAGACCUCCAGGUGAAAGUACAAGACAGUACCAUGCAGUGGUACCAGCAGCUGCAGGAGGCUUCUGCUCAGUGUGUAUUGUCCUUUGACAGCCUGACCAGCAGCAAGGACAGUCAGAUGAAGAAAAUAAAGAUGGACUUGCAGAAGGCUGCCACUAUCCCAGUAAGCCAAAUCUCCACCAUUGCAGGCUCGAAACUAAAGGAGGUCUUUGACAAGAUCAAUGGCCUGCUCUCCGGAAAGCUGGUUCAGUCCGGUGGGCACUCUGUGUCCAUCACACUUAACCCACAAGGGCUGGACUUCGUUCAGUACAAACUGGCAGAGAAAUUUGUGAAACAAGGCGAGGAGGAAGUGGCCUCCCACCAUGAAGCAGCAUUCCCCAUUGCAGUGGUGGCGUCUGGGAUCUGGGAGCUCCACCCUAGAGUGGGGAACCUCAUCCUUGCUCAUCUCCACAAGAAGUGUCCUUACUCUGUUCCGUUCUACCCUGCUUUCAAGGAGGGAAUGGCUUUAGAGGACUAUCAGCGGAUGCUUGGCUAUCAAGUGAAAGACUCCAAGAUGGAACAGCAGGACAACUUUCUAAAGCGCAUGUCUGGGAUGAUCCGCCUCUAUGCUGCCAUCAUCCAGCUCCGGUGGCCAUAUGGAAACCAACAAGCAGUGCAGACUCACGGUUUGCAUGGGUGGCAGAGCCUCAGUGUGCUGUUUAUGCUUUGUAAACCUGUCAGUGGAUUUCCAUUCUCCCUGCUGUCUUUUCCCCAGGUGUGUGGGAAUGCCCUCAUGAAGCAAUACCAGGUCCAGUUCUGGAAGAUGAUACUUCUCAUUAAGGAGGACUACUUCCCCAGAAUUGAAGCUAUCACAAGUUCAGGACAAAUGGGUUCUUUUAUACGUCUGAAGCAGUUCUUGGAGAAAUGUUUGCAGCGCAAGGAGAUUCCUGUCCCCAAGGGCUUUCUGACUUCCUCCUUCUGGCGCUCCUGACGUCAUUUGUCACCUAUCGUCACCAUUAGGUUGCAGAGAGGCAAUAAUAAAGCAACUGAAGACAGCUGUAUUUGGAAGAAGUCAUGUCAGGUUUAGAAUUUUAUUUAGUGUGUUUUUAUAUCUGUACUAUGUAACUAGGAGAAGAGGUUUGCAUGGGUCACGAAAUCUUGGCUGUAUCUUAGCAGAUUCAUUAACUGCUGAAGGUGUCCACAUGAUUGAGUAAAUAGAACUGGACUUUCUUAUUUUUGCAGAUGUUCUCCGGAGAGGUUCUAGCUGUUGACGAACUUUGUGUCUAUUAUCUUUUCCUUGGUGUUUCAGAAAGUUGAUGAUACCUUAGCCAUUUCUCUAUGAGCUGGACUAAGCCUACCAUUUUCACCCCUCUCCCUUCACCUCACUCCUGCUCAGAUGAAUUCCCAAAACAAGAAAGACCUAUAAGAUUCCCUUUAAAGUAUCUUGUAAAGCUAGGGGCCACUGGCUCAUGCCUGUAAUCCUAGCUACUCAGGAAGCUGAUCUGAGCAUAGAAGUUUGAAGCUAAC